CCUUAGAAACAUAAAAACAUAUUCUUAGAAACAUAAAAACAUUCUUCUAAAAUUUGGUUGUCCCACUGGCUCCCCGUUUUUGCCUCUUUUCUUCGAGUCAUCUUGGUUCCCUUCUCUCUGACCCGCUUUGAUCGUAUUUGUUGCUUCUCGCCAUCUGCUCCCUGCCCUCCUCGGAGCAUUAUUCAGGUGUCACCUGUCCUAGACCUGCCUCAGCCUCCCUCAAUGAACCCCCACACCCACUGCCACCUCUAUUCCCGUCUCUUUACUUCUCUCCUUAUGAUUUCUCAUCCCCUGACACCCCCCAUUUCAUUGAUUAGGAUCUUUCUCCCCACUGGCAUGUGAGCAUGGUGAGUGCAGGGCAUCGUUUCCCUGGGCGCCUAGUGUGGGGCUUGGCGAGUAGCCGUUCUGCGUCAGUGUUUACUGAACGAAUGAAAGGCACACGAAGCAGGUAGUAUUGGCAUCCCUGCCGCCCACCCUCCUGCGUUCAUGCCAUCCUCGCUGCCUUGCCUUGUUAGGAAGCGGGGCUAGAGGCCCCCCAAUCCCACUGCUGUCUGAUCUUUGGCGGUAGACCUCGUCUUUAAUUCUGGCCUUGGGUUUCUGUGAGGGAACCACUGUGGAGGGCUGGGUGGGUGGCAAUCCAUCCUAAUGGCCAAGUACAGGCGCCCAGCCCUGGUGGCGGGAACCUGCUGGGUUCCCUUUGACAGGAAGGAAUGGGAUGCUGUGCACAGGCGUUGAGAUGUCUAAUCAGAUGGGUAUUUAGACAACAGAAGUGCCAAGUCAUCCACAGUGCUCAGUUCCAUAAUGUGUAGUUAGCCCACUAUGUUAUGUUAGUUCCAUCUGAGACGGGCCGGCCUGUUUUAGAAGUUUAUUUUAGAGGAUGGCUUGGUGUGUGGAUGGGGCUGCAGGUGAGGGUGGGAUUUGGGGAGGAGGCAGAUGACCUAGCUUGUUUGGGGUGAAUGGCACCCUUUGGGGGAAAGGCGUGGAAGGGCUGGGGUGUUGGAUUCCAGGGGACGUGAAAUCCCUCUCUAAGGGGGGACAGGCUGGCUGGAAUGGCUUGACUGAUGACCCAGAGGGACUCCUCUGGCGCUGACCUGACCACACCCAGGGGAGGAGGCGUUCAGCCGGUGUAUUAAGGAGGGAGGGCACACUGGGCUUUGUCAGAAGUUGGUCCUUGCUGAAGUUUUCCACGCUGCUCCACCGCGCCCUCUGCUGUCCGGGACGGGGCGUUUCCCGCAUCCUUGUUUUCCUCUUGAGGCGAGUUCAUGUUAACAGCACAGAAAUGAACUCCAGAUGGAAUACUUCCUUCUAGAAACUAACUGGUGGCCUUUUUAUCAUGCAUGAUGGCUCAGAAUUUCAGGAAAGAUUUUUUUAGGGAGGGGAAACUCCCUGUUGUGUGAGUCUGUGUGUUGGAGUGAAACUGGCAGGUUUGGAUGACACCCUUGGGCCCCUCCGCCUGGGCUUGUGGGUCUGUCACUCCAACUGGCUUCGAGUGGAGAUGAGGUAUCUGGGGGAGAGUCCCAGAGAGAAUACAAGGAAGGAGGAGCCCAGAGAGAGGGCAGAGGCAUCUUUAAAGUCCCGGGUCUUUCUGUCCAGGCAUCGUGUCUACAGGUCGUUUGCCCUCGAGGGACAGCGGGACACAGUGUCUUCAAUGGCUUCAUUGGUGGCUUAUGAUGACUCAGACUCCGAGGCUGAGAGCGAGCCUGCGGGAAGCUUUGCUGCCGCUGGCCAGAGGAAGGACUCUUGUGUUACGGUAGAACCUCGUGGCCAGGCUUUCGCAUCGGGAGUCCUGGACGGGACAGGAGACACACUGCCCACAAAGCACGGCUCCUGUGAAGACCCAGCCGGCCAGCGUCUCCCACUGGCUCGGCUCUGGAGGAGCGACCCAGGAUCUUGCCCCAGCCAGAGGCUACAGUGGCCCAGGACAGAGCCCGACGUCACCUUCCCCACAAGCGAGCCUCCUCGUCCUUCCCUGUGGACCAGCCACACUCCCGCUGGCCAUGUGCCCCGGGCCGCCGCCUGCUUGAAGCAGGUGAGACUCUCCUGGGGAACUUACGACCCCCCCGAGCCACCUUUCGGUGCCCAACCCAAACCUGAGACCCCGGGGAAGAGUGGCAGCUCUCUUCAGAAGAAAAGGCGAGAGGACUGUAUUGUGCCCUACACCCCGAAGAGACUGCGACGCUCGCAAGCAUUAAGCACAGAAACAGGCAAGAACAAAGACGCGGAGGCCCGGGGCCCCUCUCUGCGCGCUCCGCGCCCUCUGUGCACGGCCCCCCAAGUGUCCGAGUUCAUCCAGCCGUACCUGGGCACCCCGUACAAGGAAACCCAGAUUUCCCAGAAGGUGCUCUUCCACCUGCGAGGCCACAAGGGCCCCGUCAGCAGCAUCCAGUGGUGCCCCGUCUUUUCAAAGAGCCACAUGUUCCUCUCGGCUUCUCUGGAUAAAACCUUCAAGGUGUGGAACGCGGUGGACUCGGGGAGAUGCCUGCAGACCUACUCUCUGCACAGUGAGGCGGUGCGGGCUGCUCGGUGGUCUCCCUGCGGCCAGCGCAUCCUCAGCGGUGGCUUCGACUGCGCUCUGCACCUCACAGACCUUGAAACAGGAACCCAGGUAUUCAGCGGUCAGAGUAACUUCAGAGUCACUACCUUGAAAUUUCAUCCGAAAGACCACAACCUUUUUGUGUGUGGGGGCUUCAGCUCUGAGGUCAAAGCCUGGGAUGUGAGGGCCGGCAAGGUGGUGAGAAGCUACAAGGCGACCAUCCAGCAGACCUUGGACAUCCUCUUCCUCCAGGAAGGCUCUGAGUUUCUGAGCAGCACAGAUGCUUCGAGCCGGGACUCUGCCGAUCGUACCAUCAUCGCCUGGGAUUUCCGGAGCUCCGCCAAAAUCUCCAACCAGAUCUUCCAUGAGCGGUACACCUGCCCCAGCCUGGCCUUGCACCCGCGGGAGCCCGUGUUCCUGGCCCAGACCAAUGGCAACUACCUGGCCCUCUUCUCUGCCGUGUGGCCCUACCGGAUGAGCAGAAGGCGGCGCUACGAAGGGCACAAGGUGGAAGGCUACGCGGUGGGCUGCGAGUGCUCCCCGGACGGAGACCUGCUGGUGACAGGCAGCGCGGACGGCCGGGUCCUGCUCUACUGCUUCCGCACGGCCAGCCGGGCGCGCACGCUGCACGGGCACACGCAGGCCUGUGUGGGCACCACCUUCCACCCCGUGCUGCCUUCCGUCCUCGCCACCUGCUCCUGGGAGGGUGACAUCAAGAUCUGGCACUGAGCCUUCCAGCGCAGCGCCCCUGGACAGACAUUGCCGCCCCGGCUCCCUGGGGUGGGGGGGACUAAAUGCCGAGGCUGGCGCUCCACCCCAGGGUCCUCCGUUUCCUCUGAAACCGGGCCAGCAGCCUUUUGUCUCAGUGGUGAGGCUGGGAAGUGAGCGCCUGGCACCCUGCUCGUGGCGCUCAGUAAAUACGCGCGUUUCGCUGUUUUGUAGG